AUGCAACGCUUCCUAACUAUAUUCGGCGCGGCAUGGCUUAUUGACCAAAGGCAUUCAACGCCAGAGAUAAGAGACGAUACCACACAACCAUGCUAUCUCCUCCACCUGCCUGCUGAGCUUCGAAAUGCAAUAUGGCGCGAAGUACUCACAGUUCGGAGUCCAAGCGAUCUAGCCGCAAUCAGCUACAAGGAAGUACUGGAUGCUCCAGGCGCUGAGGUCGGCUCGCCGGACCUUGGCUAUGUGAGACCGCACGCCCUCGUGCAGACAUGUCGCCAGAUUCGAGCAGAAGCUUUGCCAGUCUUCUUUGCCGAAAACAGCUUCAUCAUGACGAACUCCCCGGUUCGUGCAGGGCAGCAUCGACAUGAGCUGCGACAGAACUGGCAUCCCCAUACAGUAGCCUGGCUUGACUCCGUCCCAAGACACGUCUCGCACAUCCGGCAGCUCACGUUCCGCAAUCCGUGGAGCAAACUACCUGAUAUUGCCAGGCUGCUCGCAAGCAAUGGGAGGUUGACUUUCGUUGGCCUGUACCCAGGCCUAGGAGAGGACUGCGAGGAUGACUCCGCCCUGAUAUGCGAUAAUCGCCGUCGAAGACAGGAUGUCCUAUCCAUCCUUGACGCCGUGUAUGAACGCAUUGACAAAGGCGAUGACGGGGUCGAGCCAUUGUUCACCUUGAAGGAGAUUGUGCUUGUCGCAAACCUCGUCCUGACGAGCCAUUACCUGUACAAACCACAAGUGGCCAGAGAACAUAGCCUCGAGGAGAUACUCAGUAUAUUGGAGCUUCCUGCGCACCAAUUUGUACCACGGCGGGCGAGCACGAAGUUCUGGGAUGGUCCCAUGGGUGAACCCAACACGAGUUUUGUAGUUUGGAACAGCUCACACUGA